CCUUAAACGCCGUUGACGCUGUGAAUAAUAAGCUAUUAAAAUACUGCAACAUCACGAAUGACAACAGAAUUGAACUUAAACACGAGCAUAAAUAUUAUUAUCAAGUUAUGGGACAAAUGCGAAUAACAAAUCGCAGACUGUGUUAUUUUGUAGUGUAUACCCCUAAUUGGACAAGUAUACAGAAAAUUAAAUAUGACGAAAUAUUUUGGAACACAAAAAUGGCCGAAAAACUUAAAAGGUUUUAUAUGGAGUGUUUACUACCGGAAAUUGUCGACCCACUUUAUGGUAAACGCUUCGAAAUCACGGAUAUUAGAGAACCCGAAUAUAUAAAGGAGGCACAAAGAAAAAAAUUUAAAUAA